AUGGGGCCUGCGGCAGCCCCCGCAAUUCUCUCUGGCUUCGGGUUAGCAGUAAGAGGGUUUGCGCGGGCUGCCGCCGUUGCGUCGCGUCAAGCUGCUGUCAGCGUGCGUCUCAUCGAUUCGUUCAACAAGGAGCUGGUCGACGACAUCUUUGCGCACGCGCUUAAGAAGCAAACCGGCGUUAGCCUCAAGUAUAUGUUGGACUUUGGGCAAAACCCUAUCGAGCGGCAAAUGCUCCUUUCGGCGCAAUUCUUGCACAAGGAGCUACCCGUGCGCCUCGCACACCGUGUUGCAGAGCUGGAAAACUUGCCUUACGGGCUCUCUGCGAAGAAGCCCAUCCUCCAGGUCCGUGACUGGUACGUUGAGUCCUUCCGGGACCUCAGAUCCUUCCCGCCGGUGAAGGACAAUUCGGACGAGCUCAAGUUCACGGAGAUGCUCCGACAUGUGUACCGCCGUCACGCCAACGCGGUGCCGGUGAUGGCAAAGGGUGUUGGCGAGCUGCGCGAGGAGCUGCGGGCCCGACAACAGCUCACAGAGCUCCCGGAAAUCCACCAGUUCCUGGACGGAUUCUACCUUAGCCGCAUUGGCAUCCGCAUUCUUAUCGGUCAGCACAUCGCCCUCCACGAGCCCUCCAAGCCCAACCACAUCGGCCUCAUCUGCACCAGGUGCUCGCCCGUACUGGUGGCGCAGGACGCGAUCAACGACGCCAGGUCCAUCUGCAUGCGGGAGUACGGGGACGCCCCGGAGGUAUCCGUGUACGGCAGUCCGGACUUCACGUUUCCGUACGUUCCAUCGCACCUUCACCACAUGUUGUUCGAGCUGGUGAAGAACAGCUUGAGGGCCGUACAGGAUAGGUUCGCGGAGAGCGAUGAUCCAGCACCGCCCAUCAGGCUGGUGGUAGCGGAAGGUGGAGAAGAUGUGACACUCAAAGUGAGUGACGAGGGCGGCGGCAUCCCCCGCAGCGGUUUGGCCAACAUCUGGACCUAUCUGUACUCCACCGCGAAGAGUCCUGUGGAUCCCCGCGCUGUGGAUGACGCGGACAGCGGGCCGGUGGUUUUGGCGGGUUACGGCUACGGACUACCCAUCAGUCGCCUGUACGCCCGGUACUUCGGAGGGGAUCUGCAGAUCAUCUCCAUGGAGGGGUACGGCACGGAUGCCUACCUGCACCUGAACCGCCUGGGCACCAGCCAGGAGCCGCUGCCGUAA